AGGUAAUCAAGAACCAUUCACUUCUAUGCUAUUCAAGCAAGAAGUAAAUCCAGACAGGAAUGGAGAUAAUCUUAUUCCAGUUCUUUUCUAAAUUUUUUGGUGUUUUAGCGCUUAUAGUUUUGGUACACUGCCAGGAUCAGUCAGGUUUUAUUAGCCUUGAUUGUGGUUUGCCAGGAAAUACUAGCUAUUCUGAUGCAACAACCACCCUAAAUUUUAUUUCAGAUGCAUCAUACAUUGAAAUUGGUAUAAGUAAGAGCUUAGCUCCUGAGUUUAGUACAAAUAGCAUUUUCCGACCGCUAUGGUAUGUAAGAAGCUUUCCCCAAGGCAGCAGAAAUUGCUAUAAUGUCACACUUACCAAAGAUACUGAAUAUUUGAUCAGAGCUACUUUCAUGUAUGGAAAUUAUGAUGGUAUGAAUCAGAGACCCUCUUUUGAUUUGUAUUUAGGACCUAACAAAUGGGUCAGUGUACAAAUUCUCAAUGGAUCCAUUCCUGUGAGAAAGGAGAUCAUACAUCAUCCUAAACGGAAAUACAUACAUGUCUGUCUUGUAAACACGAAUUCCGGAACACCCUUCAUAUCAGCAUUGGAACUAAGGCCUCUGAAGAAUGGCACAUAUGUCUCCGAGUCUGGAUCGCUGGCGCUGUUCGACCGGGCAGAUAUUAGUUCAAUAACCAAUCAGACAGUCAGGUAUCCAGAUGAUGUCUAUGAUCGUCGUUGGUCUCCAUUUCAUUUUGUCGAAUGGACAGAUAUAAGUACCACAGAGACCAUUGAUUUAGGAAAAAGUAAUAGUUACCAGCUACCAUCAACUGUUAUGAGAAGUGCAGGAACACCAAGAAACAGCAGUAGUCCCAUGGAAGUAACCAUAGCAGCUGAGGACCCUACUUUGAAAUUUUAUGCCUAUUUUCACUUUGCAGAAAUUGUAAAGCUUGAUGCAAACCAGUCUCGUGAAUUCAACAUCACUUUGAAUGGAGAUAUCUGGUAUGGACCUAUUACUCUUCAUUACUUAUAUUCAACUACUGUUUCAAGUGGAUAUGCCAUCUCUGGAGGAACAUAUGAUUUUCAAAUCUUUAAAGUUGGAGGUUCAACCCUGCCGCCCCUUCUCAACGCAGUUGAAGUUUAUUACAUAGUUGAACUCUUACAGUUAGAAACAAAGCAAGAAGAUGUUUAUGCUAUGAUUAAAAUCAAGUCAACCUAUAAAAUAACAAGGAACUGGCAAGGAGAUCCAUGUGCUCCACAGGAUUAUGUGUGGGAAGGUCUUAAAUGCAAUUACAGUAAUAGUGCAUCACCUGUAAUCAUAUCAUUGGACUUGUCUUCGAGCGGAUUGACAGGGGACGUACCCCCUGUUUUCGCUAAUCUGAAAUCACUCGAAUCUCUGGACUUAUCUAACAAUAGUUUAACGGGACCUGUGCCUGAUUUUCUCUCUCAAUUAAAAUCCUUGAAAGUCUUAGACUUGACAGGAAACAAGCUCACAGGUAUAAUUCCAGAUGAUCUCUUCAAAAGAUCUCAAAGUGGUUUACUGUUGCUAAGUUUUGGCGGCAACCCAGAACUUUGUGCCUCAGUGUCAUGCAGUAACAAUAACAAGAAGAAGAAGAAUAAUAAUAACUUCGUUGUUCCAGUUGUGGCGUCCAUUGCUGCAUUACUUGUCAUUGUAGCUGCAUUGACAAUUAUAUGUUGCUGUAGAAGAAGAAAGCAGCAAGUAGCAAGGAAUGAGGAAGCUGAUACCAAGGAAACAUAUGAACCUCGGGAGAUGAGAAACCGACGAUUCACUUACUCUGAGGUCCUGAAACUUACUAAGAAUUUUGAGAGUGUCCUUGGUAGAGGAGGAUUUGGAACAGUUUAUUAUGGCUACUUGGGUGAUAUUGAAGUAGCAGUAAAGGUGCUCUCCACUUCUUCUGUUCAAGGAUACAAAGAGUUCGAGGCAGAGGUCAAACUUCUUUUGAGGGUUCAUCACAAAAACUUGACUACCCUUGUCGGAUACUGCGAUGAAGGCGGAAACAUGAUUCUCAUUUAUGAAUACAUGGCUAAUGGGAACCUAAGACAGCAUCUUUCAGGCGAACAUCCAGACAUCUUAAGCUGGGAGGGGAGAUUAAAAAUAGCCCUUGAGACAGCACAAGGACUGGAGUAUCUUCAUAAUGGCUGCAAGCCACCAAUUGUACACAGGGACGUGAAGACUGCAAAUAUUUUAUUGGAUGAUAAGUUCCAAGCAAAAUUAGCUGAUUUUGGACUCUCUAGAAUGUUUCCAGCUGAAGGUGGCACUCAUGUGUCAACAAUUGUUGCUGGCACUCCUGGAUACCUUGAUCCCGAGUACUAUGUAAGAAACUGGUUAACUGAGAAAAGUGAUGUGUAUAGUUUUGGAGUUGUUCUUUUAGAGAUCAUCACGAGCCGAUCUGUGAUUUCUCAGACCAGUGAGAAGACCCAUGUAAGCCAAUGGGUUAAACCAAUGCUUGAAAGAGGGGAUAUCAAGAACAUUGUGGAUUCAAGAUUAUGUGGAGAUUUCGACACGAAUACUGCAUGGAAAGCUGCAGAACUGGCAAUGGCGUGUGUAUCUGCAACUUCUACUGAAAGGCCAAGUAUGAGCCAAGUGGUGAUGGAAUUGAGCGAGUGUCUAAAAACAGAAAUGGCUCGGACAAGGGAAGGGUACUGCAGUGCUCAGUCAAAUAGUUCAGCUGAAUUAAUGUCUGUGAAUGUGCUUAGUACCGUACUAUCUCCCCGGUCAAGAUAGUCAUUCUUUUAAAAACAUUGUUUCUUAAUUUCUUUUGAGUGUCAGGUUUUUGGAAACGACUUAGAUUGAGAAAAUUCGUGUUCCUAGGUUCUCACCCGGACCUUUGUUAGUUCUUUUUCUUCUUCUUAUUUUUCAUUUUCCAAAUAAAGAAACUCAAAAACUGAUACUCAAUGUUCGUUUGUCAUGACUUUCUGA